AUGGCGCAAUCCGCCGGGUCGUACUUGGAUGAUAUUCACACCAAUGGCGUUUCGCAUGGAACAUCUUCGAACCUGCAAACUCCGACGAUUGAGACACUCACCCCCAGUAUCAGCACUGCGGCCAGUCGUGGCCGCCUUUCCUCUACCACAGGAAGUCCACACUCUACAACACCAGCAGCUCCCUUGAACGGAGAUCUUUGUGUAGGCUCGGAUUCUAAUAGCAUUGCAGAUCGCGAAGAGCGCGCUGUUGCUGCCCUGCUUACUCGAUUCAAGGCCCUAGUCACCCUCGCUACGGAACCUGUCCACGAUGGAGCAACGAAAGAAAUGGCUGCUGCACAUGGACUUCAAAUGGAAGUUGAGGGCUCUGCUUUGAUUCGCGCCACAGAAGACUUGCUCCAGCUGUCCCGCGAACUGAAAGAGCUGUGGCUGUUUGGCCCUUUGCGCGGCAUUAGGGACGGGGAAGGAGAAGGUCAAAUGGAUAGCGACUCUCGGAAGGCUGGAGAACUGGUUGAAGCGGCUCUGACCAGGGCAGCCGAGCACCCAGCUUCGGGGUGA